AUGCAUCCGGGAUAUUACACUAUUGCUCCUCUACGUUUAGAAAAGUCGCAGUGCUCACCCAAAGACCCUCCCAAGUCCAUUCAUUUAAGUGUCCAUUUGGCGGACACUCGUGGUUGGUCAAAGAGGCCCAAGAUUGAGAACUUGAAAGAGAAAACCGACGACGAUAAGCCUGAGGAUGAAAAGCCAAAUGGGAAGAGUGAUGGCGAUCACGACACUGGCAGCGGAGAUACCGAGGCGGCCAAGCUUGGCAAAUUCCAAGCAACUGUAGAGAAUUCGGAAAAUUGUGGCAACGAGAAUGAGGAAGGGGAAGAUGAUGAAGGAGGUUCCGACGACAAAGCGAAAGCAAAGAAGUCUUGGUUCUUCGGCUUUGCCUUUUUCGGAACCGUGCUUAUCACCAAAGUUCCCCAUGCAAAUGUCCCACUGGACGUGAACUAUAUGAUUGCGAGGGACUUUGUUGCUGUUGACAAGGUAAAGAAGAAAGAAGAUGACAAAGAGGGUGAUGCCGAUGGUGACGAUGAAGGCGGAGAAGGAGAUGCAAAAGAACAGGCAAUCAAGACGAUGGACGAAAGUCCUAAGGGUGAUGACAAGGAGGGCAAGGAAACCGACAAGAAGAACGACAAAUCUAAGCAUAAAAGAAGCUGGAAUCUGCUCAUCAAGCCAGACAAGUGA